AAUAAGGAUCGACAGCUCUGUAUGAGAGAUUGUGAAACUAUAUCUAUACACCGUUUGCAGAUUUGGAUUUUUAAUGAAAGGAAACAUUUACGUCUGACGUAAAUGCUAGCAAAACUACCCAACAUGAACUAGGUCAAACAAACUUUAAAACUAUUUACACAAUCGAUAACACGUAGAUAGUGUAUACAGGCUGACACGCCACACCAGUAUCUAAUUCUCAGGACUAGACGGAAGGUCGAAACAACAGAGAGGCCAUGUUGGAUUUUAAGUAAAGUUCUCGUGUGAUCCCGGCGUCAGAAAUGCAUCCCCGGCGCAGUGCUCAGGAAGUCCUACUGUGUGACCUCUGUGAAACUGUCCCCCUACAGAGUCAUUGUGAACUUUGUAAUAUAAAUCUCUGUGUUAACUGUGUAGGAAAACAUCUCUCAGAUGCCUCUAAAAGACACAAUGUCGUGCCCCAAUUACGUAGAAAGGCUACCCCUAACUACCCAAAAUGUCCGAAACACGCUAAAAAACACUGCGAACUUCACUGCGAGGAAUGCAACAUUCCUAUCUGUAUUAUCUGCGUCUCCUCAAGUAAACACAAAGGUCACGAUAUAUCAGAUAUUAUGGGAAAACUCAGCGCUAAAACAGAAAGUUUACAAAAAGAUCUGGAAGAACUGGAGAUGAGAAUUUAUCCGCGAUAUGAAGAAAUGGCGUCCGAGGUCAAGACGGAGAAAGUCGAAUUAGAAACAAAGUAUGGGGAACUGACCACAGCUGCUGACCAACAAGGAGAACUCCUACAACGGGAAAUCACCGCCAUUGUCAACCGACGGAAAUCCGACAUUCAGGAGAUGAAAAACAUACAACUAUCUAUCCUGAAUAAAAAUACAGAUGAAAUCACACAGAAAAUGUCGGAACUCAAACAGAUUAUUUCCGACUUGAAAUCAACCCUAAAAUCAAAUGACGUCUCCUUAACCUCUAGUUACAAAUCUAGGAAUUCCGAGUUUAGAACAUUACCGCCUAGAGUCCAAGUUACAGUACCCAGUUUUUCUCCUCAGAAAAUAAACAAAGUUCAGCUCAAUGAAAUGUUUGGUCCUCUGUCGCCAUUAUCCAUUAACACAGAACAUGGCGACACAAUGAAGUCAGCAGAAGCUGUAUCGUCUCCUCCAGUCAAACCACUGCUUGAUGACCCGUGCCUCACCGCCGCCAUAGACACUGGGUAUGACAGACUAUACAGUGUUAGCUGUCUGAGUGAAGAUCAAGUCUGGACACGCGGGAAUAACGAAAUCAUGAAGCUCCUCAACCUCCAGAGUAAACUACUGACAUCAAUACAAACCGAGUCAGGGAACGAACCAUGGGACAUAGCAGUGACACGGGACGGAGAUCUUGUUUAUACUGACCCUAGUAUUAAAACUGUGAAUUUAGUUAAACAUAAACAGAUACAGACCGUGAUCACACUACAGGGGUGGAUACCUCGCUAUAUCUGCAGUACCGCCUCUGAUGGUUUUCUGCUUACCAUGAUCAGUGAUGAUGAAAAACAAUCCAAAGUCGUGCGUUACUCCGGCUCCACAGUGACACAAACCUUUCAGUUUGAUGAUCAGGGUCGUCCUCUCUAUUCAUCUGGUUGUAAUAAAUACAUCAGUGAGAAUAGGAACCUGGAUAUCUGUGUGGCUGACUGUGGAGCUAAAACUGUAGUAGUGGUCAAUCAGUCAGGAAAACUCCGAUUUAAAUACACUGGUCAUCCCUCUAAUACCAAGAAAUCAUUUGAUCCAGUCGGCAUCACUACAGACAGUCAGAGUCACAUCCUGACAGCAGACUGUUACAAUCACCGUAUCCACAUCCUAGAUCAGGACGGACAGUUCCUCCGUUAUAUUCACUGUGAUUUAGACUGGCCAUGUGGUUUAUGUGUGGACAUCAGAGACAACCUCUUUGUGGCUGAGUUACACACUGAUAAAGUGAAGAAAAUCCAAUAUCUAUAAACACAGUGUUAGUUACACAGUUUGUCACGGUGUUAAUUACACAGCUCUACACAGUGUUAAUUACACAGGUUUACACAGUGCUAAUUACACAGCUCUACACAGUGUUAAUUACACAGGUUUACACAG